CUCCAGAGCUGGAGCCUUUAAUGAUCUAAGCUUCAGAGGUUCGUCUUCUUCUCUCUCUAAACUCUCUCUCUAGGGUUUUGGAGGAAUAACGCAAUGGAUCACCCAUACUCAGGUGGAAGCUGGUCAAUGAUUCCCAGCAUGUCGCCUCACAGUAACGCCGCUACACCCUCGGAUCAGGACCAUCUGUUCCUCCAACAACAGCAACCACAGCAGCACCACCUCUAUCAGCAUCAACAGCAGCGUCUUCACCAUCAGCAGCAGCAACAACAACAGCAGCAGCAGCAGCAGCAACAACACCAUCAUCACCAAUCACUGGCUUCUCACUUCCACUUAUUACAUUUGGUGGAGAAUUUGUCCGACGCAAUCGAAAAUGGAACACGUGACCAGCACUCUGAUGCACUGGUUAGGGAAUUGAACAGUCACUUUGAAAAGUGCCAGCAGCUGUUGAACUCGAUAUCAGUAUCUAUCAACACAAAGGCCAUGACAGUUGAGGGACAAAAGCGCAAGCUGGAGGAAAGUGAGCAACUGCUAAAUCAACGGAGGGAUCUGAUUGCCAAGUAUAGGAACUCUGUUGAAGACCUCAUCAAGUCUGAGCCUUGAUUGUUUUGAAAUCUGUCAAGACGUGGUCCUAGCAUACCGAGCAAUCUGUUCAACUCUGCAAGCUCAAGAGGGGAAGGAUGGCACUGUUUUGAAUUUCACCUCCUGAUAUUCACAUAAGGAGCUUAUUACCAUUUCAAGUCAGAUGCAGAAGAAAUAGGUCUGUUAAUUUCCACUUGUUUGGAAGAAAGCAGAUUUGUGUAUUCUUCUGUUUCAUUUGAGUAAUACCCAUCUUCUCUUUGCUAGUAAAAUCAUGUUUUGGAUCUUGACCAAGACCGUUUUCCAGGUUUUCAAUGAAAUGGGAUAAUUUUAUCCAUUUCCUGUGA